AAGCUUUGGUGAUAGUAAUGGCCACAGCAGCUAUGGGAGAAGUAAUUGGGUCCAUUGCAAUGGUCGCAGUUGGUAUUUUGGUAGUGUGGUGUGGAUGGAGAGUACUAGAUUGGAUAUGGUUGCAGCCCAAGAAGCAAGAGAGGUUUCUGAAGAAGCAAGGCUUCAAUAUCACUCCAUACAAGAUUCCAUUUGGUGACAUGUUUGAGAUAGGGAAGAUGCAUAUGGAAGCCGAGUCAAAGCCCAUCAAACCAACUCAUGAAAUUGUUGAUCGUGUGGCUCCUUGGAACAAUCAUAUCAUCCAAACCUAUGGUAAGAAGUCUGUGUAUUGGUUGGGAAAUUGUCCAAUGGUGCAUAUUAUGGAUCCCAGUCUCGCGAAUGCCAUUCUCAGUGACAAGUCUGGUACCAUUAGGAAACCUGAAUUGGACCCAGUUUCCAAGAUGAUUGCUUUUGGCAUUUUUAAUUAUGAAGGAGAGAAAUGGGCCAUGCACAGAAGGAUUAUGAACCCAGCCUUCCAUUUAGAGAAGUUAAAGUUUAUGUCAUCAGCAAUUACUACAAGCUUAAAGGAUUUGGUCAACAAAUGGGAAAAGGUGGUUCCAUCACAAGGGUAUUGUGAAGUAAAUGUUUGGCCUUAUAUUGAUGCUUUAAGUGCAGAUGUCAUCUCUCGGACUCUAUUUGGCAGCAGCUAUGAGGAAGGGAAAAGGAUUUUCCAGAUUCAACAUGAACAAGCUGAGCUUGUAACAGUUCUUCUUCGAUCCAUAUAUAUCCCAGGAUUUAGAUUUUUGCCCACAAAAAUCAAUAGGAAAAUGAAGGAAACUUAUGGAGAAGUGCGAACUCUUUUGAGAGAUCUAAUCAAUAGCAAAGUAAAAGCUCUACAAGCAGGAGAGGGUAACAAGGAUUUACUAUCCUUGCUACUAGAGUCCUUCUACCAAGAUCAAGGAAAGAUAACUAUUGAUGAGAUCAUAGAACACUGUAAGGUAUUCUACUUUGCUGGGCAAGAAACUAUAGCAGUUCUAUUGACAUGGACAAUAGUUGUAUUGAGUUUACACCCAGAGUGGCAAGUCCGCGCAAGGGAAGAAGUCUUUCAAGUCUUUGGGAACAAAACACCACAUUGGGAUGGACUAGACCAACUCAAACUCAUUCCCAUGAUUUUGUUAGAGGUGCUUAGAUUAUAUCCACCAGCUGCAGUUCUCUUUCGGUAUACUAGCAAGGACUUCAAACAUGGAGAUAUAACUCUCCCAGCUGGAGUACAACUAGUGUUACCUGCAAUCCUUCUUCAUCAUUCUCAUGAACACUGGGGCAAAGAUGCAGAUGAGUUCAAUCCAGAGAGAUUCUCAGAAGGAGUUGCCAAAGCCACAAACAAUCAACUCAUAUUUUUCCCAUUUGGUUGGGGACCUAGGGUAUGCAUUGGGCAACAGUUUGCCAUGAUCGAAGCAAGGAUGGGUUUGUCCACUAUUCUGCAACUGUUCUCAUUUGAGCUCUCUCCAUCUUAUACUCAUACUCCUGCCAAUAUUAUAGCUCUCCGUCCAACACAAGGUGUUCACCUCAAAUUACGUAAAGUGUAGCAUCAUGCAUCUUCCCAAUAACCAAUCAUAAUUACUUUCAUCCUAAUAAACGUUUGUGUAUUAAAUCGUAU